GCAAAGGAAGCAUUACGGCAUGGAAUAUCAAUUAAAGAGGAUAAUAUAAUGCCCAGUUUCAAAAAGGCUUUCGUCACUGUUAAAUCGGAACAUCCCAAUUAUGGUUCUCGACAAGGAAUGAAUACGCGCACAUGGUGGGCGAAUGUCGUAAAACGAACUUUUAUCGAUGCCGGCGUCUCAGAACAAGAUCUCACGAAAGUCUUCCAUAAGCUUUCUGAUAAUCUCUACGAUAGAUUUAGAACAGCAGAGGGAUAUGAACUUUACAGUGAAACAGAAGAAAUUCUCUCUGAAUUAGCAGCACAUGGCAUUAAACUUGGAGUGGUUAGCAACUCUGAUGAGAGAGUCCAUGAAGUCUUAUCGUCACUCGGACUCGGCUCACUCUUAAAUUUCAUACUCGUAAGUAGCGAGUUUGGAAUGGAGAAACCUGCGAAGCAGAUAUUUGACAAAGCCUUGGAAUUAGGUGAAGCGAGUUGUCAAGAAACGAUACAUGUUGGUGAUGAUAUAGAAAAUGAUUACUUUGGAUCCAAGAAUGCGGGCCUCCGCUCUCUUCUUUUGCGAAGAUUAACCACAGAACCAGCGCCUCCGUCAUCGGUGCAAGUAAUCUCUUCUCUACGUGAAAUUAGAAACUGCUUAUAA